AUGUCAUCACUGUUCUCAAGGGACACCGAGGGCCAGGUCAGAGAGCUGGGCAGGAAGGGAGAGCUGGUGCCCACGGACAGCCUGGCCAGCACCCUGCGCCUGCACCCCUUCUGCCUGCUGAGCCGCAGUGUACCCAUCUGCUUCAAGGAGACGGUGGCGGGAGCCGUGACGAGGGGCGGGAGCCUGGGCACCGGGCAGCAGGGGAAGGCAAUGGGCAGCGGCGCGCUGAGCCGCAGCUCCCUGCUGGCCAUGCAGAUGCUCAGGAGCUGGAAGGAGAAGGAGAGCCUGUAUGUGGUGACCGAGGCCACGGAGGCCGUGCAGGACGCCACGUUUCAGAGCCAAGCAGAGGAGCCGGGCGGCUAUCUCUCCUCCAGCUGCGCCACGUCCAGGUGCAGGGGGUGCCCUGGGGGCACAAACCUGGUGUGCCGGGUGCUGAAAGCCACCAAGGAGCCCACCCCUCCCUCCUGGCGAACCACCCAUCUCACCCAGGAGUGUCAGAGCACCGUGGCCAAGAAGAAGGCAGUGGGCAUCCCACAGGGCACUGUCUUGGCCUACAGGGUGCUGCAGCUGGUGAUGAGGAGGAUCACUGGGGCACCUGUUCUGUACCUGCCUGAAGGGAAGCUCUGUAGAAAUGCCAGUGGAGGCAGGGCCCCUGGCGAGGGGCCUGGCCUCCAGGACCUGAGGAGGCAGGCGGGGGCUCAGCUGGAGGCCCUGGCCAGGCUGCCCCCAGAGCCGCGGCUCUCCCUGCUGGGUGCCCUCCGGGAGCUGCUUCAGAGCCCCCGGGCCCUGCAGGAGCUCAAAGACAGGGUGACGAGCAUCUUAGAGCCGAACUACAACCAGAUGGAGGAAACAGGCUUCUCGCUGCACCCAGAAGUCCUCUCCUGGCUGCACCAUGAGGACGCAGCCCUCACCCGGAGCCUGGUGGAGAGCUGUGGGCUGGAGCUGCGGGGCCCUGGCCACUCAGUCACCAGGGACCCUGAGGUGGUGCCGCAGCUGUCUGUGCUCUAUGCGUCCCUCUCGGGGCUGCAGCUUCUGGCUGAGCCCAGCUCCACGGCCCUCCAGGCUGAUGCCUGA